CUCCCAUCCGCAUCAUUCACCCCCUUCCCUUCUUCUUCAUCACCACCGACCUCCCUCGCCCUUCUCUCAUCGUCUCAGAACCCCAGUCGACCACUUCGACAUCCCGUCUGUACGGUCCGUGAGUUAUCUUGGCCGCUCGCAACCUUCAAGCCUCAGUCUACCACGUAGGCCCCACUGAUCUAGAUCCCCUUGUCACUAGCGAAUGUCGACUUGUCAGCUCAGAAUGGCUCAACAUUUCCACAUCGCUCAUCUUCCUUCCCACAAACCGAAGGAGACAUCUAGUCCUUCGACCAUCCUGCAACUCGCUAACCGGCUCCUGCCUGCAGCUGCAUAUGCCGGUCCCAAAGAGUUGGAGGGUGGUCGAAACCCGAAAGAACCUGUGGCCGUUGUGCCUCAGGCUGGUGUUGUGAGUCAAGAGAAAUGGGAGGCAAAUCUCCCGAACACAAAAAAAGUCAUCGUAGUCGGUGCCGGCAUUGCUGGCCUUCGUGCUGCAUCCGUCUUGCGAACUCAUGGUAUCCAAGUCGUUGUGCUCGAAGCCCGCCCUGAUCGCAUCGGCGGACGUAUUUAUACGAGCAGGAAACCCGGACAUGGUCCACGAGACAUUGGUGCCGCCUGGAUGCACGAAACUGCAAACAACAAACUGGUUCGUCUCAUUGGUCAGCUCAACAUCGAACAUUACUAUGACGACGGAACUCCUCUGUAUUUUACCAAAGACGGCCGGCUUGGUUCUCAGUUCAAAGCCAAAAAGGUGGCCGACGAAUUUGCCGACUAUUGUGCCUGGUACUACGAAGAGAAUCCCGACGCCGAAGACAAACCUGCCUUGGACUUCAUUAAGGAGUGGCUGGAGACGCAUCCUUUGGUGACUGACGAUGAACGCCUUUGGGCGCCUCAGGCUGCUCGUGAAGUUGAAGCUUGGAUUGGGACCAGUCUUGAACAAGCCUCUUCGAAGCAUCUCGCUUACUUUGCUACAGAGAGAAAUCUGUACAUGAAGGGUGGUUAUGAUACUAUCAUCACCUGGGCUGCCUCCAAUCUUCGUGAUCCUGGCACUAUCCGCCUUGGUCAUAAAGUUACCAAGAUCCAUUGGACUGACGACGAGAACAAGACCUGCGCGGUUGAUGUUACCACAGCCGAUGGCAAGUCUUUGACUUUCAUUGCUGACGCCGUCAUCUGUACGCUUCCUCUAGGUGUGCUCAAACACAACCUGGUCGAGUUCAGUCCUGGUUUUCCAAAAGAGCUUUCGCUCGGUGUUGACAAGCUAGGGUAUGGUGCCCUCGGCAAGAUCUUUGUCGAGUUCGAGUCUGUCUUCUGGCCGAAAGAUAACGAUCAAUUCAUCUACUACCCAGAACCCAAUGAAGAAGUCGACGAGAAUUCAAUCUUUUCAUACAUGACCGUCACCAGCAACAAUUGGAUCAUGAGUGGUACCAAAGAGCUAUCUGUCCAAAUCGUCGAACCACUCACACAGCGCAUUGAAGCCAUGAAAUCCAACGAGGAAAUCUACGCCUUUUUCGAACCUCUCUUCAAACUCCUCCGUACCGAACCCUACAAGAAGCUUCCCCCAGUUGUGAAUCUGGAAACGACGCACUGGACUCAGGAUCCUUUUGCCGGGUUUGGUACCUAUACCGCCGACAAGACGGGCGACGACCCCGAAAUUUGGUUCAACGCAAUGGAUAGCAAUAAAGGAAGCAAGCUGCAAUUCGCCGGAGAACACUGCGCGCGGACUGGAAAUGGAUGUGUGCAUGGUGCUUUUGCUACUGGCGAAACGGCAGCCGUCAACUUACUGGCUUCUUUUGGAGUUCCCCACAACGGGGGGGAUCUCUACAGUAGAAGGCCGUCGAGGAAGACACCACCCAGACACUAAACGGUUGACAUGUGAGGGAGUCCUUAUAUGUCGUUGAGAAUAUCUGGGGAGGAGGACUUCCUUGAGUUGGCUGCUAGCUGACCUUGAAGUGCUAGACUGAAACAUGUCGGGCACAGAUUGUUAUCCCUUUCGUUGUCUUUUCUUAUUGCGCGAGUAUCGUCUGUCUUUCGUUCUUACCACGCUCUCUUAUUCUCGCUGAAUGUUUGCUGGUUUCAUCGCUGCUCUGAGACAAUUUCGUUGAGGCAUCGAGUCUCCGAGACUGCGUCUUUUGAGGUUUCAAUCAUGCUUCAUAGUCUUUCGUAGCUUGCAAUACUAUCGUCAUUGAUCAAA